AUGUGGUUCAAUAUUUUAUUUUGGUUUGUUCUUCAUGGACUGAUUCACCAAUCAACUGCAGUUUAUUUUUGUACAAACAGUUCAACAGUAUCAACAGACGUUACACUGAAUCUUAUAAAAGGAACUGAUGAUAGUGGUUGUUACUGUACUGUCAAAUUACAUAAUACAGAUACUAUUGGAUCUGUUAAACCAAGAAUUCUAUUUGAAGUUAUAAAGUUUUCUGGUUGUAAAUAUAGACUUGUUAUUUCAUAUCAUAACAAUAGUCUUAGUUUAAGUUGUUCUCAUACUGACCCUUUUGACCAUAUCAUAAAUAAAACAGAAGAAAUUAAACUAUAUUUGAAGCCAGCUACUUCUUAUCAGAAUGAUACAGAAUUUGAGUUGAAAAUAACGUCUAAUGUAACUGCUGUUGGAGGUCCUUUACUAAGAUUGGAAUGCUUUUUACCAGACAACAAUCUAGAUACUACAACCACAACUAUAUUACCAUACACAGCAUCUUCCAGAGAAAUAAUUUCAACUUCUGUUCCAUUGUCAUCUACCAGUUCAACAGAGGACAUGAUAAAUUCAUCAACUAGACAAGAAGAUGAUGAUGGUGGUGUGGUUACUGCUGGAAUUAUUGGUGGAGUAAUAGGUGGUGUUAUUGGUGGAGUGGUAGUAGGUGUUUUAAUCUUUAUAAUAAUAUGUGUAAUGCAGAAUAGAAAGAAACAGACUGCAUCUGAAAUCUACAGUUCAACUUCAACACAAAACCAACCAGAAUCUCAAUAUACAGAUUUACAAUUGUCAAACAUUAAUAAUACCUUAUAG